AUGGAGUGCAAUAAAGACGAAGCCACCAGGGCAAAGUCAAUUGCUGAGAGCAAGUUAGAGAAAAAGGAUUUUGUCGGUGCAAAGAAGUUUGCCCUGAAAGCACAAACUCUAUAUCCAGAGCUUUGUGGUAUUUCCCAGCUGUUGACAACCCUGGAUGUGUAUCUAUCUGCAGAAAAUAAGAUAAGUGGGGUAGUAGAUUGGUAUCGGGUGCUAGGUGUGAACCACUCUGAUGAUCAUGAUACCAUAAAAAAGCAGUACAGGAAGCUGGCACUUAUGCUGCACCCAGAUAAAAAUACAUCUGUUGGGGCAGAUGGUGCAUUUAAAAUCAUUUCAGAAGCCUGGAGGUUGCUGUCCGAUAAAGAAAAGAGGGCCGCAUACAACCAAAGGAGAGGAUAUAUUGGACUCCAGCAGAAUGUCCCAACACAAACUGGUGGUCCAUCAGCACCAUGCAGGGCACAUCAACAGAAUGUUCCUGCAUAUACUUGUGGUAAAUCAGUGCCACCUCAGUCAAGUCAACAGAAUGUUCUAUCAGCCUCACCGCGCCGGAGUAAAAAGAAAGUUCCUCCCGUACCAUCCCAGCCUAGUCAACAGAAUGUUUCAACACAAGUGGGUUGUUCUUCAACACCAUCUGUAGGAAAUCAAUUUUUCAAAUUUGCAAGCGGUUCAACUUUAACCCAGAAAUCGCAGAGUAAAACUGCAAAGAUGCCCAAAACUCAAAAUCCAGCCUUCUAUCAUCAUAGAUCCGACACCUUUUGGACUGUUUGCCGUGGAUGCAGUAUAUAUUUUGAGUAUCUUAAGAAGUAUUGCAACCAUACUCUUCUUUGUCGCAGUUGUAAGAAGCCAUUUAUGGCUUUAGAGAUAGCUCCACCAGUCUUUUCCAGAUCAGAGAAACCUAUUCCUUGGGAUCGUUGGAAGCAUUCAUCUAAAAAAUUGCCUGGUGGUCAAAAUGCUUAUGAUCCUAAAGAAAAUGCUGCAGCUGCUCCAAAACCAGGAUUAGGCCAUACCGGUCCCAAUUCUUUUACGUAUACAAACUAUCAGCAGGCUCCCCUUCCUAAAACAGCUAAUACUGCUGCAGAAAAUCCAGGUAAUGUUGUUCAGCAGGCACAUGAUAACUUGAAGAGAGCACAUAUUGAAUCACAUGCCUCUUCUAAUAUGAAAAAAUGCUGUAAAAAGGGAAAAGUAGAUGAUGAUAGUAAUGGAUACGGAACAAAACACAGUAUGGCCCAAGGAAAUUUUGGGACAUAAAACCUGGCACUUGCAGUCAGCCAAGAAGUACCAGAGAGCUGCCACCUCAUGAAACCUGGUGCUCGAGACUCAAAAGGAGAUUCUGAAGAAGCUAAGUGACUCCAGAUUAUAGAUCAAUAGGGAAAACUACAGGAUCAAGGAAUGUAACAAGGAAGAGUAUAGGUAGAACAACAAUAUGCAAAGGACAUGGUAAUAGAAAUUAGUUAUGUUAUUAGUAGUGAUGUCAUGACCUGUGUAUCGUUGUUGUUCAUCUAAUAUCUUUGACAAAAAAAAGCCUUUUGUUUGUAACAGUACUUUGUUUUGUAAUGAAUUUCUUGUGACAAUGAAUGGGUACCUCCAUUAGCAUGUAUAAAAGAUUCCAUUUAAGUCA